AUGAAGGUUUUAUCCACUGUUCUCGUUGUUGCUGCUCUUCCAGCCUUAUCAAGUGCUUUCUUCUUCGGAAGUUCGUCUGGAUGUGGAUGCUCUGCUCCACCAGCAUGUCCCCCACCACCACCAGCCCCAGUCUGUUCUCAACCCGCUCCAUGCCAAGCUUCUCAGGGUUGUGGUUAUUCUCAGCCACAAGUAGGAUAUGCCCAACCACCUCAAUUCCAAUUCCAACCCCAAUAUCAACAACCACAAUCGACUCAACAACAAGUAGAGGUCGUUCAGAGUGAAAUUCAACAGAUCGCCGCUAAUCCUUCAUAUGCUGGACCUGCUGCUGCUGCUUCUGCUGCAGCUGCUUCCAAAAACGCUGAAGUAGUUGAGGAAGAACAUACUGAGGUUGAAGAUAGUGUACAAGAAAAGCAGGAAGAUAAGGAUUCUGAGGAAGGCUCUGAACAAACUGAGGAAAAGAUUGUUGACAUCAGCGAAUUGAAGAUUACUGACGAUCCACUCUGCAAUUCUGAUGACUUACGUAACCUUAUGCUCGAAAACAUGGACAAUAACCUCAACAGCUCAAAACGUUUAAUUCAACUCGCUGCCGAAGCUCAAUUCGGAGGAAGAUUCGACGUUAUUUGCGCCAACGGAGAUUUCAGUUACGUUACCAACACGGAACUGUACUGUCAAGAAACAAAGGCUGACAUCUCUUGUUAUACUUACCGUCAGUUAUAG